AUGUCUAAGGAGUUUAACUUGCCCUUUUCCACGGGAGGAUCACUUGAAGAUGGCAUAGACCACCUCGGGGUUAGUGGAUUGGGAAUUGGAGGCGAGAAAGGACCUCAACAAAGGCCCAACUAUCCUUCAUCGUCGUCAUCAUCUAGAGAUUCAUCUAAAGGGGAGGAUCCUUAUUCAAAUACAUUCAAGCCUUCAUCUAAAUAUUCACUGGGUAACAUCUAUUCAUGGAGAAACAUCAAAAUUUCGAUUCAGACGCUUUUAAGGACUACAUUGGAGGUCAUUCUCGUCCACAAGCGUUUGCUGGUGGUUGUUGCGACUUUGCUUAUACUUUCGUUGUUCACAUCGACGCCCUUUAUUCCACAUUUAUCUAUUUCGGACCCUAAGGUUGUUAUCAUCCUUGCUGCCAAUGAAGGUGGUGGGGUCUUGAAGUGGAAGGGACCCCAGGAAUGGUCGGUCGAGAGAUCUUCUAUUGCAAACAAGAAGCAGUACGCCAAGCAGCACGGCUAUGGUUUGACCAUCAAGGAUAUGACCAUUAAGAAGCGGUACUCUCACGAAUGGAGAGAAAGCUGGGAAAAGGUGGACAUUAUGAAGCAGACAAUGAGACAGUUCCCCAAUGCCGAAUGGUUUUGGUGGUUAGACUUGCACACAUACAUCAUGGAGCCCCAAUUAUCGUUGGAGGAGCAUUUCUUAAACAAUUUGGGCAAUGCUACGUAUAGAACGUUGGAUACUUUCAAUCCCUUGGGAUUGCCACUUGACAUCCCGUACGUCAACUAUGAAAACCAACCCAUUGAUAUGAUUAUUACGCAAGAUUGUGGAGGGUUCAACUUGGGCUCCUUCCUUAUGAGAAGAUCACUGUGGCUGGAAAUGCUCUUGGACGUUUGGUGGGACCCUGCGUUGUACGAGCAAAUGCACAUGCAGUGGGAGCACAAGGAGCAAGAUGCUUUGGAAUCGCUUUACUCGACCCAGGCGUGGAUUAGAGAAAGAGUCGGAUUCUUACCUCUCAGAACCAUAAAUUCGUUCCCGCCUGGUGCCUGUAGUGAUAAGGCUGAUGAUCCGCAGUACUUCUUUCAAAACAAAGAUUUUGUGAUAAAUAUGGCUGGUUGCGAGUGGGGGAGAGAUUGCUGGGGAGAGAUGGAACAUUAUAAGGCAUUAAGUAAGAGGUUACAUAAAAAGUGGUGGCAUUUCACAUAA